AUGAUACCUACAACCAGAUGUGGAAUAGACCUGUGUCAUACGUACAACCUAGAAGGUUUACAGUCAAAGACAAACACAUCCUAUAGACUGGACCAGUGUGAGGAUAAUUCAGACAUAACAACAAGGGUUGGAAGUUCUACACCUUAUACAGUUGUUGCUAUGGCAAUCAUAGCUUCCGGGAUGAUACUACAAGGAAUAGUGAGAUCGCCAGUUGAACCAUACCUAAUUGAUUAUAUAGACACCAAUGUAAAACAGUCCAGUACUGCAGCUUAUUUAGGCGUAAUAUCAUCAUUAGCUAUACUUGGACCGGCUGUUAGUUAUGGUCUUGGAGGUUAUUUUAGCCAAAUUCAUGUUACACUUCAAGGUAUUUAUGUUACACUUCAAGAUCCUCGUUGGAUUGGAGCUUGGUGGCUUGGUUUUAUAGUCUUUGGGACACUAUCAAUAGUUACGGGAAUACCACUUAUGUUCUUUCCAAAUCACUACAAAAAUUCAGUUUCAUAUGGCAACUGUUCAUGUCUAUCGUUUCAUGGCAACAUGGUAUCUAACAACGAUCUUACAGUAACACCUGGGCUGUGUUCUCCUGAUUGUCAGUUUCUCAUUCCAUAUACUGUUGUAUCUUUGCUGUUUAGACUGAUUCUGUCUUGCAGUAGCAUACCAGGAUUUAUAUUACUUAUCAGAUCAGUUUCAGCAUCAGAUAAAGCUAUUGCAGUUGGAUUUACAUCUUUCAUCAUUACCCUGUUGGGUUGGUUUCCUGGCCCUGUUUUAUAUGGAAAAAUUAUAGACCAAGCUUGUUUAUUAUGGAGCUCAAAGUGCAAUAAUAAAGGAGCAUGCGCAUUGUACGAUAACUAUAAAUUUCGAAUGUUCAUUUAUGGCACAAGUGCUGCAUUAAAUGUUGGUGUGUUUGGAUUAAAGGUUGUACAAUUCUUCCUGGCUCGGAAAAAGACGGACUGGAGUAUUGAAGCAGAAAAUACCGAAAAAGAAAAAGUAGAAGGGGAAAGUUUGCUGACAAAAUCUAUCCCAUUAGAAGAUAAAACUAUACGAAACGAACAAUCGGAAGAUAAGCCUAUAUAAAGAAACUCAUCAUUGAAUAUA